AUGAAAAUUCACCAAGAGAGAGAUAAUAAUCAUAAUAAUCAUCAUCAACGUGAAUCAGCGCCGACGAGAGAUGACAUAGAUACAGACGAGAUGGAGAAAUUCUUCGCGAUUAUAAGGAAUUUUCAUCAAGCGAAAAAUCGCCGGAAGGAGGAACUUCUUAGAGAUAGACGUGAUCAAGUAGCGAAGAAUCAUCGGCCGGAAUUCAAGAGGAUUAAGAAAUCAUCAAUAACGGAUACAGAUGAUCAGGAUUGCUUUCAAAAGGAACAUUUUGCUGUUGAGAUCGGAUCUGGAGAUCAGACUUCGAUAAUGCUUAAUCCUCCAUUGAAGAAGAUGAAAUGUUCUGGAAGAAGAAGCAGUAACCGUCGAUUGGUAGAAGAUGAAGAAGAAGAAGAGGUGGAGAAUGGUUUAGAUCUUAAACUUUCGCUUUAA